UGUGUAUUGUCACAGUGUCAGUGACGUAUUAAAGGACAUUUGGUUGUGGGAAUUUGGAUAUUUAGGAACUUAAAUAAAAAUAAUACACUUUUCAUUAACUACAAUGCUGUAAGAUUUAAACAGGAGAAUAUAUUUUUUCUAGUUGCAAAAAUGUUGAGCUCCUUUCAAAAUACCGUUAAAUAUUUACGGUUGGUGAAUGUAAAAACGGCAUUAAACACACUAAAAGAAUGCAAGCCGAUCAACAAUCCAUGCUUAGAGAAACCUAAAUAUGAUUUGGUACCCAAAGCCAAAACUAUUUAUUUCAGUCCUCGGAGUAUUAACUUUGAGAUCCAAGAAAAGCCUUCUGAAAGAAAUAUCAAGAGAGAUCCAUUAUCAUAUACGCCGAUAGUUAACCCGAGGUCAAUAUUGCCAUUAAUUGAUUCGAAUUGGAGGAAAGAUGAAAUUGGUUUGCCAGCGAUAGAACAGGAGGAAAAGCAGGCGAUUCGUCUGAUUGUUAUUAGGAGGAAGAAAAUGAAGAAGCAUCAGAGAAGGAAGCUGUGGAAGAGAAUGAGGCACCGUUGGGCGAGGGUAAAGAAAAACCGUCGCAUCAAGAAAGAGAAGAUCUUCCAGAACGAACUGGCCAUGCUGGUGAAGCAGGCUAACGAAUUCUCUGCUGAGCAAUACGUAGCCAGUAAGAUCGAAAGAGCGAACCACACACCCCUGCCCACACGUUGGAAGCACAAGAGGUUGCCACAGUUCAUCAUACGACAGCUGUUGGGAAUAGACAAGAAGAUUAAUUAUAAACACACUGAUGUUUAUAAAGCAUAGAUUAUAGAGCUUGGCAAGAAAGCGGUUCACUUUGAAUUGUAACAUUGAUAAAUAUAUGCAUGUUAAUGUAACAGUUUAUGAAAAUUGUUUUUUUGUCUUAGAAUAUUAUGAUUAUAAACUUGUCACCAAAAGCAAAUGUGUUUGUAAGACAGAUUAGAUAGGAUCUUUUUAAAUUUCUUCACAAUAUGAGGCAAAGUGCAUUUGAUUUAUUACGGUUGCCACCAAUUUAAAAGCAAAGCAAUUCAUGUCUUAGAAUAGUCUGUGGAAUAAAUGUCUAUAAAUU